AUGACAGCAGGAACUUGUGUUAAUACUAUAAAAGUAUUAGGAUUUGGAUCACUUGGAUUAUUAUCAUCAUCAUUAAUUUAUCAAGCAUUAAAUAAGAUACCAGAUUUAAUAACUAAAAUAUCAACCAAUUCAAUUUCAACAUUUCAUGAAACAUCAUCUAAAGUAUAUCAAUUCAUUUGUAAUUCAAGAUUAAUUAAUAUUACUUUAAGUGUAUUCAGUACUGGAUUAUUUGGAUUAGCUUAUUCUUAUAGUCCAAAUUCUGCAAAACAUCCUUAUUUGAUUUAUUCUGCUAUUGGUGCACCAUUAAGUUUAAUUUGUGUUUAUUAUCAAGGUUUAAAUCACGAGAAGAAGAUUUUAAAAACUAAAUCAAAUAAAAAAGUUAAGAAGGUAAAAAAGCCAGAGCAACCACCAGCACAACAAGUAGAAGAAGAAGUGGUUGCUAAAGUUGUAUCUCGUGAUGACGAUUUAGGUAAAUCAUAUGUUCAUCUUUCUGAUGAAUCUGGUACUUCCACCCCAACUUCAUUACAACUUUCUCCAGAAGUUACUCAAACUGCUGCUGCUGCUGCAACUCACGUAGAAGAAGAGAUUUCUAUUGAUGAAGAAGUUGAAGAAACUUUAGUCAAGAAGGAAUUUGUUCAAGAUUUGGAAAGUAUUGAAUCAGGUUAUCGUAUUGGUGCAAUUGUUUCUAGUGCAUUUGUUUUACUUACUUCGAUUGGUUUGAUUGGUGAUCUCUAUUUAUUGUAA